GGGGACUCGACAGACCAGGAAUAUGAAAUCACUGCCGACAUGAUGGUUCACGAUCUAGACGAUGAAACAACUAUGGAGGAGGAAGAACUUUUAGCAGAUAAAGAAGAAUUUAACGAAGAUGAAUUAUCAGAGCUGCAAAAAGUAACACUUUUUAACGUUUUGCUCCUAUACACGUAUUUAUCUGAAACUUAUAAAUCAAUUUAUAAUUAAUUGACGUACUUGAAGGGUCUGUUCUUUAACUACAUGUAUAGCUACAGGGUGGUUGUUAUUUACAGUACCUCUCUUACUAGACAUGUGUCUCAUCUUGAGGGACAAAUCUCUCUUUAGAUGAGUCCUUUCUCAAGAGAAUCACUGCACGGUUCACAUUAGCGCUUGCUGAUGUGAGUCUGUAACCUUGUCAGAGAAGUAGAAACUAAAGAUCACUCUCCUGGAGUAAAAGUUUAAUCUUUAGUGUCUGUAACUGAUUGGUUUUGACCAGAAACUCCUAAGUGGUUAAAACAUGUUACCCUUACAUGUUUGCUUUGUCAGAUGCUCAUGAAUAUUAAUUCUCGCAAAUACCAUAUUUGGAACGAGAAGAAAAGAUAACAGACCAAUCAAACUUCGUAAACAAUGUGAAGUAUUUUCACUCCACUUUCCUGUGCCCGCUGUAGUCAACAGUUACUGGCACCGUUUAACGACUUAUGCACAGACUCAAGCAAAACUAACUAUGAGAUAAUGACUGGACAACCGACAAUUUGAGUAAACAACUGUUUAACUGUGACACAGGCCAUCUGAUAGAGUGCGAUAAAAAAUCAGAAAUUGUGCGAUAUUUUGAGGGUAGAUUGUGCGCUAAGAUAGGAAUAUUGUGCAAUAAAUUUUUCAGGGCUAAUUUACAUUGUUUUACCAGGUUUCAAACGAGAAAAACCACUUUAAUGUUGUUUAACAGGCAAUUUGAAUGUAAAGGAAUAAUAAGACAUCUAUUUCAAAACAAAAUAGUUAAAUUUCUCCGAUUAUUUUGACCCAGAAAAGAAAAAGGACACUUGCUUAACAUUACAUGACGCCAUUACACUGCUGACCACACUACUUGUCUCUGAAAUCAAAAUGGCUGCCUAGAUACUGCGAUCGAAGGUUUCAAAUGCCUUGCAAGGCUUUCUUUCGUGGUAAUCAUCCUAAAUAACAUUAAGAUUGGGAAAAUGUUUAAUUAAAGUUAGAAUUCAUUGUUUAAUUUACUUGAAUUUAGCAUUUUUUUUCGAAUUAUGUGAUUUUCUUCAAAUUGUGUGAUCGGAUGCGAUUUGAGGUCAAUUGUGCGAAAUCGCAGUAUCGCGUAAUAUCAGAUGCCCUGGUGACAAUAGAUGGAUCAAAACACACCAAUGACAUCACGGCUUAACUGACAGAUGACCAAUAACAUUGCAACUUAAUUGACCAAUCAAGUUAAUAACCAGAGUUAAAUAACAUCAACUAAAGUGAUACAACUUUGACUCUGAAGAUGAAUACAGCUGUACCAUACAGGUUGUUGAAACAUCAGUGACUGUCAACAACAGUCCUGUUCAGGAUUACAUUCACCCAGACGAUCAUACUCAACCUACUUAUGAUAUUAUUGUGAUUCUAUUCACAUUCAUUCUAUUCCGGGAAAUGUAUUAGCAGAGCUGAAACUUAACUUCAGUGCUUAGUGGCCAGCCAGACCAGUUUCCUUGAAUUCUUAAUUGCCCAGGUCAACAUUAAGUGGCCCUGGAUUUCCAAUAUAUUUAAAGGAAAGAGGAAUGUACCUAGUCUUCGUGGACUCCCUUUCGUCCAGCUGUUUUGAAAUGUUCGUGAUCUUUUGUUUUUUUUUGUAAUUUCUGUUCGAGUCCUGCCCAUCCUCCUUAUGUUGUGUUUUUUUUCAUUGGAGGCAGCUCACAAUCAGAGAUAAAUCUCCAUAUUUUACCAGUCUUUUCCAGUUGAAUUAGUAUUCCAAAGCUGCCAAGGAAGUGGCAGCGAUAAAAGCAGACAGCAAAGUGCUAUGUGUAAGACUUGAGUCACAUGAGAAAAAUCAAAAUGGCAUCUCACGGGUUGGUUUAAUCCUUUUCUAUUUAAAACAAUAAAAUGUUCAUAGGACUUGGAAAAAUUAGAUGCAGGGCAAAGAAAGAAAUGUAGUCCAACUAAACCACUUGUCAUUUUAUUUUUAUUUUAAGUUCGUACUUGCAAUCGUAAUAUAAGCUUAUCAGACACGACUUUCUUUGCAUGCUGGUAACACAGUCAUUUGACUUGUAUACUUUAGAGUACAGAAUCAAAGCUGUGAGCCACAAGAAUCAGAAAAAAUUAUGUUGUUAGUAAAAUGUACAUUAGAUUUCUAAUAAAGUUUUUGUUAAUUUUUUGAAAAUUAUCUUUAUCUAAACCUUAUUUUGAUAGACUAGGUGAUAAGUUGACCUCAGAAUAUUUUUUCUUCAGAGAGUUCACUUGAGAUAGUUUAAACUCCUGCUCACUACAUUACAAGUUAAAACUACCUUGUUUCUUUUGUGGGAAAUGGCAUAAAGUAACUUGAUUUUUGUGUGAAGUACCAUGAUUUUGUCAACCUGAAGAUCAAACAUAAUAUUAUGUCAUUGGUUUACCAGAUAUUUAGAAUUAAAAGCUCAUAAAGAAUACUAUUCAAAUUUUUUCUUUACCAAUUUUUUUGCUUAUGUCCAUGUUACCCCUUUGCUAAAAUAAUAAGUCGUGAUGUCUUGAUGAUAUGUUGUCAGAAACAGAUGAAUUGUUUCUUUGCAUCCAUAUAUGGACCAAACUUAUGACUCGAGCAGUUUUAAAGGAAGCAUGUAAAUUUUCAAGAAUAGACGAUGAAACUAUCAACACCUAUGAAUCAAAUAUACGUGUGAUUUAUAUCAGAAUAACUGUAGUCACGGUCUGAGCAACACCUGUGAAGCAGUCCAAUCAGAGUUGACUUAUCACUUUAAGCACUUUGCCGCGAGAUAAUGUACAGAGCGUGGGUGGACAGCUGACAAGUUUAGGAAGCGACUCUUUCAAACUGAAAAGAUCUGUAACCUUGUCAGGUAUUAAACCUAGGGUCCAUUCAGUUGUCUUGGUGAAGUAGUGUUUACCCGGAUCUGUAUGGAUGGGCUUGGAACUAGGAUGUAGCACUCGAUAAAUGAGGAAGGAUGGCGUAGUUGGUUAGUGCGUGGCCUUCAGAGCAUGUGGUCCCAAGUUUAAUCCCUGGUGAGAUCACAUUCUUGUUCAUCUAUUCUCAUUUCUGUUUAGCUUUAACAAGCUUUAAAUACAUGGACCCUUAAUACAAAGCAUUGGCAGAGAGAGGGGGGUAAAAUGAGCACACCAUCAACCACAAGUUCGUCAACCUCUCCCUUUUUUGCCAUCCAUAAUUUGUUGCUUUGAGGAGAGAUUUUUAAUGAGGAAAGCUGGUUUAAUUUGUCUUUUCCAUUAGCAAGGAUUUUCAUGCUGGUUCACUCAUUCUUGAGUGAGCUUCAACCUUCGGCCUGUCCCCUCUCAACCUGCAGUUCAGGUGAGGCUAUCCAUAUCCACAGUGCACAUUAAAACAUGCAAAUGCUGCGUGGUGAUCACUGUCUGUGGAGCUGGAAAUUAGAUCACAAGCUGGUAUGGUUGCAGACACUGCCAGAUGAUUUGCAGCAAUUUGCAGGGAUCAAUCAAGAUUGAUGAUGCAGAGUCACCCAAGAAGGUUUCAUGACAUGCUGGUGCAGUUCAAAGCUUUGUCAAGCUGUGGGAGGACUUCAGCACAUUGAUGUUGACAUCACCAGUCACAUUAUGACAAGCCAACUUAAUUAAGCCACAGGGAGGUGAUCGAGCAAGGCUUCAAGUCACCCCCCCUUCCUCCUGCCAGAGGGGGUUGUCCUCUCCAACCUACACGUAUAGAUCACACCAAUAAGUGCCUUGUUAUGAUAAUUCUCCCCCUGGAAUCUUGGGCCACUAGUGUUUCAUAUUCAGCUGCCAUGCUUCGAUAUCCUUCUCCUGUUAAAAGUGGACGGAAUCAUUAAUUUAGGCCCCAACUCCAGGGCUAUGAAUCAUGAUUCUUAACGUAAACUGAGUAACCAAGCAACGCAAUGAACUGAGAGUUGAAAAGAGCAGGAUUUUCCUUAACUCAAAUCUCACUCAUAACAAUGAUACCCAUUGGAAACUGUUGUACAGGGACUUGAAUUUCAUUGAAAGAUCUAACCUUACUCUGAGUUUUAGAUGCAUUAUUUUGAGGUGUUUUGGAUGCUGUUGUAAUGUGUUGAGAAUCAGCUCAAGUUACUUAUUCCAUGCAAGGUGUCACUAAUGAGCUGGACAGUGAUACAUCAUAAAGGUUCCAGAUUCCAUUGACCAAAAAUGAGCAAAGUAGAAAGCACACAUUUGGAACAUAUCCACAGUCCCAAGGAGAAUUGGGAGAGAUGAUCUUGCUACGGUUAUAUGAAACUUUUGGACAUCAAACAUGCUUAAGGUCUUUGCAAGUCACACGAACAAAGCUUUUUGCACACAGUGCACAAUAAAGCUGGUGUUCUUUUUGGUCAAGAUGAUGAGAAUGCCUGAAACUGAAGGGUAGAUGUCCGGCCCUUUGCUUGUAACCCUCUUAAUGGCAUCACUGUAAGUUGUACCCUAUUUUUCCGUAAACAGUGUAUCUUACCGAUAACAUGAGAUGGGUCAAAUAUACAACUAACUACUGCAUUUUCCUUCAUAUUUAUUUACUGAAAAUGUCAUGCAGAAAACAUGAGAAAAGCCAUCUCCAUGACCCUAAAUUUAAAAAUGGUCUGGGGAAACAUGCCCCCAAGUCCCCUAGUUUGGAGCCCCAAAGGCACUGUAACUUUUCUUCUUGUGUGUACACCUUCAAAAUCUGACACUACACCGCUAGCGCUGCAGAGGUUAGAAGCUGUGACACAGUCAUUGUUCUCAGGACUGGAAUCUAAUUUUAAAGUCAAAUCUCCCUCUAAAAUACAGUGAAAUGAAGCAAUUUUUGGCAGUUCUCCUGGCUAAUAAGAGCGCAGGGACCUUGUCAGCUUUAUUCUAGCCUUUCUGAUUUGGCAGCGAGACAAUGAGUGUUUUAUUAAUAGUGGAGUCCAGAGCAUUUUAAGAAAACAAACACAUCAUCAAAAACAUUCUUACACUGAGACAGCAGUAGCCCAGAAACAAGAUCCAUGUUUAGGUAGACAAUUAAGUACACUGUAUGUGUUCCAGGUUUUUACUUCCAAAGGAGCAAUUAGUAUGUGUAAUCAAGAAAAUGGUUAGAAACAACAAGAAAGAUCCUGUUUUUUUUUUUUUUUAACUUAAUACAAUGAAAACAAACAGCGGGUUUUAAAGACCUAAAAGUAGGAGGGUGAGAGCGCAAUAUAUUACAACCACUAGAAUUGCUUAUAUUUACUGAAAUACAUAAGUCAAUUCAAUUUCUUUUGUUCAUCUUUGAUAUUUUCUCACAUAAUUUUUAGAAGUAUUAUUGCUGCGGAGCGACCAAAGGGAGCGAGCAGCAACAUAAUCAGGAUUUAAAGGAAAUAUAUAAGGGGCGACAAAUUCUCGAAUUCAUCACUUUUUACCACAGUGCAUUGCAUUUAACCACACUUUUUACCACAAUGCAUUGCAUUUAACCAGAGUGCAUUGCGCCACGAACAACUCAAAUAAAAACACGGGGAAGUUCGGUGGGUGAGAGUGUAUCGUUCGCUGCUUAGACUUAGAGUUUUCUUUGUGGCAAAUUUUCUACAGCACGUUUAGAGGUCUUACCGAAGUUUAAGACACACAGGAGUCUUUCAGAUGAGUACGAUGGUUAACUUGGGGACUGGAUUUCAAUUCAAGAGCCUUUGACUUGUCCAGGUGUUAAACCUGACGAGAAGAUGAGCAUUUGCUCUUUGACUCCGCGACACGGGGGAUAUACAAAUUCCAGCUUGCUAGAAGGUGAUGUGAAAGUGAGAAAAUGUCAUGCAAUGCUAUUCUUAAGAAACUGUAUGAGCCGAAAAUGGAUGUGAUUUUGACAUUCGCUUCAAAAUAACAGCGGAAAUCGAGAUAACAAAGCAUAUGUUUUGUGUCCUACUUUGCAGACGAGGACAUGUAUCGGCGUUUUGAAAAGCAUAAUUAUGUUCUUUCAUUCAUUCAUUGCCAUGGAAGAUGCGUUUACAUUGUUUUUUCACUGUUAAUAGCUCGGUUUAUGCGGCCGGCGAUCAUCUUGCCGGCGGAAGUUUCAUGGAAAAGGAAUAAAAUGAAACACUUUUACUACAGAUUACGUAAUCAGUCACUGCGGUGUAGUGGUUAGGUGUAGUCGCGUCGAGUCGGAGGUGCCGGGUUCGAGUCCUGCCAAAUUAUUUAUUCCUACUUUCUUUUUUUUUCUGUUUCUUUGUGUUGUUGUUUUCUAUAAAUAUAUAGCUAAAUAACUGUUACUUAAUAAGGUGCAACAAACAGCAAGAAAAGUGUUGUGUUUUGAGAGAAAAUAUUGUGCACCGUAUAUUAAAUAUAUGGAUAAACAAUCUGAAUUUCUAUUAUUUCCUACAAUUUACUGUGGGAAAACCAGAGUUGAUAACCAGUUGAUCAUUUUCUAAACAACGUUCCCACGAGUUCUUUCUAUAGACUGAUAGUUAUUAUUCUAGUACUUUCCAACAUGUAAAUAGGACAUUCAAUGUCAUUUUCGAUUCUUUUAAGUCUCACUGCCUAACUAAUGCCAGUAUCAACAGAAUGUGCCGCAGCAUUACUAUCUUUUAGAUAUCCUAGUUAACAUUUAUUUUCACAAGGGAACUGCUUUUUACACACUUCUUUUUUGUUUCUUAACUUAAUAAUGGGAAAAAAUGCAACAAAUAUUGCUUGCUUGUCGAUAAAAAGACACUAGCCCAGCAGGUCGCUUCACUGUCCCUGGGCUAUCAGACAGCGCUUUUGUCUAGCCAUAUGGUUUUGUGAAUAUGUGAAACUCCCUGUUUUUUCAACCAAAAGUCAUUUCCCAGACACCAUAAUUUGAUCCCGGAUUUUUCAACCCUCCCCCCUUUUUUUCAAAACUCCCAAUAAUUCUACUUCCUUUCAAAAGUAUACUUUUGAUUUCUUGAACUUAGAAAAUUUAAGAACCAACAAAAGCCAAAUUUAGCCACACGCACUCUGAGGUAAGCAUGCAGCAAAUUCCAGGAAACAUGAUUUCAAGCACUUUUUAUUACAAAGCAAGUUACAUAUUUGUAAUUUAGGUCACAAAGAGGCUACCAUGCCCUCAGUACACAAUCAUGAAUCUUUUCAGACAUCAUAGAGAAGAGUUUUGGGUUGAAAAGAAGCAAGAAUGAUCACCUGUUAUAAAGAUUUGCCUCAAGGGGAUUACUACUGCAAUUUUUUUCUUGGUCUGCUGUUACAGUAAAUGAAACGAAAUGCAGUCUAAAGUCAGUGCAAGAUUUGCACAUACUAUAUAUCAAUGCAGCAUUGGUUUUGUUUUGCCUAGUUGGCUUUAAAUCUUAAAAUAAAAAAACAAAGUUAGUAAUCUACAAGGCGGAGUUGUUCAAAGCUGGGUUAAGAUAACCCAGGGUUAGUGGAAGUUUUGAAUUCAGAUUUGGAAGCUUAAAAAGCAUUUCAGUUUUAAUUCUUUUUGUCUACUAGCUAGUUGAUGAUUGGAAGCUCUAAAAAUAACAGAGAAAAUUACCCAACAAAAUGCUUUUGAACACAAGAAAAAGAAACCCGGGUUAAGUGCUAAUCAGCUUUCGAACAGCCGGGCCCAGGGUGUUUCAAAAGUUCAUUCCCAUUUUUUAUUCGUUUAAAUUUCACUAAUUAUUAAAAAAAAACCUUUGCAAGACUUAGUGUGUUAUUCAUUAUUCAUUUAACAUUGAAUAACUAAAAUAUUAGUAACCAGAAUCCCUUCCUGUAUGUUUUCUGACAUUUUCUAAGUGGUGAGGUAUAGAAUGUAUGAGCUCCCAAAGCGUGCCCAAAGUCACAUAUUCUUCCAGGCGAAGCGUAGUCACUUACUGUCUUAGCUCGUCCAGUGUUUUGGGGGCUGGAUCUUUGUAUGUUGUCUUGUCUAUGAUAAUCCAGAUGGCAACCGGACCUCCUUUGGUAUAAAGUUGGCAAAUCCUUCUGACACCAUGCUUACAUGAAGUGUGCACUGCCUUUUUCUCUUCAAGGCUUUCCAACUUUUUUUGGUAACUUAUCCCCAUACAGUUAUGCUCGAUGUGCAGUUGAAAUUUUUUUACCUUUCUGUUUUGUGGAAUUAUUACGCAUAUAUUUACAGCUUUUUUGAUAAUAUUUCUCACACAGUUUGUAAAAAACGGCCAUCCUCACCUUGGUUUGUCUUCUUAGGUCUUUACUUUUGACCAUUUGUUCGGUCAUCGUUCAGACUUCUUCAACAAUUUGGCAAUUUGUUUUUGACUGAAUGGCCAGAAGACCAUAAAAUAGAUGCCUGAGCUCUAGCACAAACAGUGUAGGCCUUCAUUUUCAUGAAGGAGUAGAAAAAAUAAAAGAAAACAAUAUGUAUGAUAAGUAUGGCGGGAAAACCUCGCAUACGUGUACUGUUGGGGACAAAUUAAAAAAAUAUAUAAUUUCUUCAAAUUUUAGUUUGAAAUUGCUUUGAACGGUUAUUUAGAUAAAUUUCUUACCUGGAGCAGCUGAAAUUUGCCUAUAUAAAGAAGCAUUAAAAGCUUGUGCAAAAUACAAUUUGCAAUCGGAACGAACUUUUGAAACACCCUGUAUAUGACCACAGGCAGACCACCUUGUGUUUUCAGCAUUACUGAAUAUCUAAAAAUAAAGCAAAAUGUGAUUUGAAUAAAUGCUAAAUUUGAACCAAAAAAUAUCUGUUGUAUCAGAUACAUGUGAUGUCAUGAAAUAAGAUAAGAAUAACAGUUGACGUUCAAUUGUUGUUGUUGUUGUUGUUUUGUUCCUUAUUUUUUCUUUUCUCUUUUAUCUCUGUACUAGGAGAGGGAUAUGCCUUUAGAAGACUUGUUAGCUUUGUAUGGAUACACAGAUAAAGAUACCCCUGAAGGUGAUGUUCCAUUAGAUGAAAUCAAGCCUGAUCCACUUCCACCUCUAAUUGAUGCUGGUGAGGUUGAUUUGCCUCAUCCAGGAAAUCCUUUAAUCGAAGAAAACCUUUUACCAGAGAACACAGAUUCACCUGCCGCACCGUCUCCAGACUCUCCAUUAUCAGUACCAUCACCAAGGUCUCCGCAGUCUCCUCCUUCACCCAGACCAAGCAGAGACAACAACUUCUUUCCUGAGAACCAAAGAAUAACCAGAGGAUGUGAGUGCUGCUCUUUCUCUCAAACUUCUUUUUUGUAAUAUUGUAGUUUCUCUGCUUAAAUUAAAAAAAUAGAAUGUUAUAUGAAUAUAAAGGUAAGUGUAAGUUUUUACUUGUGUGUUAAUGUUGUAAAACUGACUCUGAAGAUGACUACCGCACAGGUUGUCGAAACGUCAGUCACUGUCAACAACAACAGUCCUAUUCAGGACUAUGUUCACCCGGACGAUCAAACUCAACCUUUUGUUAAUGUUGUGUUAACCAUUUUAUCUGUGGUUCAAUAUUGUUAUAUUUCCUUUUAUUACAGUGCAAAUUCUGUAACCAAGGCCACUGAUUUGACCCUGCGGAUUACAGGAAAAUAACAAUACAUUUCAAGAAAGCUAGUUGUCAGUCAUAACUACCAUAAAACAAAAACAACAUGGAUCAAAAUCAACCAAUUACAACCUACAGGCUAGAUGUGACCUUUUGAACUCGCUGAAGAAAGCUUGUGUUUCCUAAGAGAUCCGUAAGCGUUAGACAUAUUUUUGUGUUGAGGUCGCAUGUUAUUUCAAAGCGCAGCAAUGGUAGCAAAGAAAUUGCCGGUAGAUUACAAAAGACCAGCUUGUGCCAAACAAAUCUCUCUCCUGAGUGUAAGAUGUAAGGUUUCAGAUAAGAAAACAUUGUCUUGUGAAGCAUUUUGCUCUCUUGAAAAUGUUUGUGCUUCAAUUAACUUAUUGUUUUUAUAAGCUGUCAAGGCUGCUGCCUAAGAAAAUUUUUUGGGAGACCUUCGGGCUCCUGAAACAAAAAGUUAGGAGCCCGAGCCACAUUUCUAGGAGCCCAAUUAAAAAAAAUCAGUAGCUUUAUUAACCCUUUGGUGACAGGCAGCAAGUAGCAAAAAAAACGCACUUUUCACCAAUUCCUUUUCUUUGGACUGGUUUUUGACUCGUUUUAGGUGUCAGGAGUGUUGUGUGACAAGACAAAACCAGAACAAUACUUUAGCCUCAAACAAAUAGAGUUUCGAAACGGGAAAGCAGAGUCUUGAGUUUCAAGAAACCAACAUUUUUUAUAUUUGCCACUCAAAAGGAUUUCGAGAAACAAUUUAUUUCUCAAGAAACAUAACAAUGACCACUCACACAUACAGCGAAAGCACUGACCAACAGCACUCUCAUGUUAAGUUGUUAGGCAACAAAAAAAGGACCAACGAAAGGCUUUUAUCUGGAAGCUUGGAAAAUUAACUCAGUAUUUUUGUAUCAAGUCUAUCUUUGAACUAUCAACUUUGAACUGUUUAUUUAUUUGUGAAGGUUUGUAUUUAUGUGCAUUGCACUCAACUGUGUAAAUUAAAAAGAGAUUGAAAUAUGAUCUUGAAUAGCCACUUUCAAAAACUGAAAUGUUUUUGCCAGUUUUUCAGAAGUUACCGCAAAACGUACAGCAAAAAAUAGGGAGGCAUAGAUACAACGCCAAAUAAUGAUAAAAGAAACCUCCAAGUGUACUGUUUGUGUUCCUACAAUGUAGCAGUGCAAAAGUUAAUAGCAUACUGAAACCACCGAUGUCACAUGUAAUUUGACACCAGCUCGCUUUUCCAUGGAUAGCGAAUUUUUAUCAGUUUUUACUUCAUGCAGUAGCGACCUAGUGUAUCUAACGCUGAAGGAAAAGUUGUGAUUUUAUUAUCAAAGUUUUUUCGAGGACUAUAAAAUUCAUUCAAGGCCAUUUUCAGACGAGAAACUCCAACUGCUCUGCAGCUGAAGUCACGGAAGAGAAUUUCAAGAUAUGGUCGUGUGUGUUUACCUUCUAUCGGCACAAAUUUUUUUAUUACCUAUGGCCGAAAAUCAAACGUUUUCCGUUGUCAGUUCAAAGCGCAGAAUGAACAGGGAAUUUUGUUCUUUGUUCACUGGAAGUUAGCCUGAGAAUCAUAAGUCUUUGACACCUGUUUGGGCUCCCUUUUUGAAAUUUUGGUUGCCCGAGGGUAAAUCGUAGGUGCCUCUGGUGCCCAGGUGCCCAUUAGGCAGCAGCCUUGAGCUGUUGAGUGGCCCAUUCCUAACUUUCUUGGAAUGUAUUGUUAUUUUACUGUAAUCCAGCCCAUUGAUCAAAUUUUUCUCAGUGGCCCCGGUUACAGUAGUCACACAGUAAUAAAUAUGGGUUAUCAUAUCUCAAGACAAAGAAAAUUGAAAACACGACCAAAGAUAAAAUUGAACUUCAAUAUGUGAUAUGCAGUGCCUUUGGACACUAUAUCAUGAACAAAAGUAGACUUAAUUGUCUCUGGCAAAGCAUAUACAUGUAACAUUUGAGUUGUCGAUGCCCAGUGCAGAUUAAAAUAUUUACAACUAUUAUUUUGAUCUUUGGUUUUAUAACCGUAAGAGUAAAAUCUUCCCCAUAUUUGCAACAUUUUGUCAUAAAAAAUUGAAAAUAUUAUUAUGUAACAGGCGAUCCAAAAUCUGAAAGGAUUUGUCUUUACUCAACAAUCCUCUCACAUCAGAAAAGACAGAAAAGGGGUGUCCCUUAACAAGAGAUUAGACUGUGAAGUCUAUAUGUUGUGAUUGAAGCUGUUUCUUUUAUUUAAUUUUUUAAACAAGUUUGGUUAUUUGGUGAUAGGUUUGGGUGUCUUGUGUGUCACAUCAUAAUUUACAUGGUGUGGUACCUCCGUAGUCGUACACUGUCCAAAGGUUUGUGAUUGGUCUUGCUCCUAAAGGUUCUUCCAUACAGGAACAGGUGAACAACUAUGAGAACAAAAAUACCCAAACCUAUAAGGCCUCUGGUUAAAUCUCACUGUACCAUUUUCUCAGGGUCUGUGCAGCCUUGAUUAAAAUAUGUUUACUGCACCAUCAUUCUCUAGCUUACCAGUAUAUGUCCUUCAGGUCUCCUCUGCAAAAGACGUUUGCUCAAUCCCACAGGGCACACAUCAAUGUUGGGCUUGUGUUCCGUCUGGGGAUCGAAAUAUGCGUAGAUGAUGUCUUAACUUAGCUGGAUCUUGAUUUCCUCAAAAUACAUUGGAGCUUUCUGGCUUCCACUCAAAUUUUCUGGGCAGUAGCUCAUUACAUUUGCCAGCUGCUGUCUAAUACUUUUGAGCUUCCAUGAAUUGUGAUGUAUAUCUGAUGAUACACUGGAAUGAUUUAACUUUUGCUUCAGUUUCACAGCGUCCACCAGAUUUAAUGCUUACAUAUGUCUGGGAAUAUUUCAUCUUUUCAAAAAAUGAAGCUGUAGUAACCUCACAAACUUUGCUGAACUUUCAUGUUGCUCAGUAGAAUAUCUAUCCUGGUGGGAGAAUAGUACUGAUUCAUUUAGCUUAUUGACCAUGUCGUCAGUCGUAAGGAGCUGUUUGUGUCUGUGUUGUAUUGCCUGAUUUGGCAUACACAAGUCUAUGAUCUAGCAUAUUUGACUGUGACUUUUAUUGGGGGUACAC